AUGAUUUCCAAUAAAGCAGCCUGGCUUACGGCUAAAAAAGCGAAGCCACUAGAAGUCAGGCCAGCUCCCUACACACCUGCUGGAGAGAAUGAACUCGUCAUUCGCACCCGGGCCGUCGCCGUCAACCCAGUCGACUGCUUCAAACAAGAGGCAGGCGAUAUUCUUUAUGGAUGGGUCAAGUACCCGGCAAUUCUAGGCAAUGAUGCGGCCGGCGAGGUCGUUGAAGUCGGCUCUGGCGUGGAUUCUAAGCGAUUCCAAGUCGGCGACCGCGUCCUAGCACAUGCUGUUGGCCUUGAUAAGCGGAGCAACAAAUCCUCAGAGUGCGCCUUCCAGGAAUAUGUUGUUGUAAGAUCCAACCUCACAACACCGAUUCCGGACACGAUGUCUUUCGAAGAGGCGUGCGUUAUUCCACUAGGAGCAUCGACCGCUGCCUGCGGAAUGUUCAUGAAGGACUAUCUCGGAUUACAAUACCCCAACAUCAACUCAGAACCAAACGGCCAGACACUUCUGGUCUGGGGUGGUUCCACGAGCGUGGGUUGUAACGCCAUACAACUCGCGGUUGGAGCGGGUUACAACGUCAUCGCCACGGCUUCGCCUAAGAACUUUGAAUACCUUAAAAAACUUGGUGCGAAGGAGGUCUUUGAUUACCGCAGUCCAACAGUUGUCAGAGAUAUCAUUCAGUCGUUGGAGACACAAACGUCUGCAGGUGCCCUCGCUAUCGGUGCUGGAUCCAUGAUCCCCUGUGUGGAAAUCGUUUCUGCUGUCAAGGGGUUGAAGUUUGUCGCCCAAGCCAGUGUUGCUGGAAAAGGAAAGCCGCCUUCGAGUGCCAAGGACAUAGUUUCAGCCAUUUGGUCGGUAGUGUGUGAGUCUUUCGUGGUUUUGAUCAAGAGCAAACUCAAUGGCGUCCAAACCAAGUUCAUAUGGGGCAGCGACGUAAUGGUAAAUAACGUUGGAAAAGCAAUCUAUCGAGAUUAUUUGCCUGUCGCAUUAGAGGAGGGGAAAUAUAUAGCUGCUCCAAAGCCGCGAGUGGUUGGUCGAGGGCUGGAAUGUGUUCAGGACGGGUUUGAUAUUUUGAUGGGCGGCGUUUCAGCGACGAAGAUUGUUGUUUCCUUAUGA